AUGGUCGACAUCGAGAGCGAGGAACGCCCCGACAUUCUGCGGCAAGUCGCAGUGCUGCUCGAUCGCGAAAAUCGUCACUUGCACGAGCGUGUCAAGAACCUGACCAUAAUCAAGGCAAAGCUCGAGGGCACCGACGCUGCCGCCUUGCAGCUCGAGCUCGAGAUGCUGCAAGAGUUGCUGGCACAGCGCGAGCAGACGAUCUUCGGCGCCUCUUCGGAGAAGCGGCCCAAGGCUCGCCCUCCAGCCUCAGAAAGCCAGCCACAGACCGGUCACGGGCCCACUGAGCAGCCCUUGCUACCGGUUGUCGAGGAACUCCUCGAGCUGCCCAGCGAAGAGCAAGUUUGUCCGAGUUGCUCGGGCUCUCUCGAGCCGAUGGGUGAGCAGACGGAAGACUCCGAAGAGAUCACCGUCGUCCAACGGCGUUUCGUUCUGGUGCAGCGCAAGCGCAAGAAGUACCGCUGCCGCUGCAAUGCUGCGGUCGUCACCGCUCCAGCGCCACCCAAGCUGAUUCCUGGCGGGCGCUAUGCCCCGGAAUUUGCAGUCGAGGUCGCGGUCAGCAAGUACUUGGACCACCAACCGCUCGAACGCCAGAGUCGGAUCAUGGCGCGCCAGGGGCUCCAGGUGAGCUCACAGACGCUCUGGGAUCAGAUCGAGGCCUUGGCCACCCUGCUCACGCCGAGCUACGAAGCGCUGCAUGCCAAAGUGCUGGCUGCGCCGGUGGUCCACGCCGACGAAACCCACUGGCAAUUGAUGACUCACAAGGGCACUUCGAGAUGGUGGGUGUGGAGUGUGGCCAAUCGGCAAGCCGUGUUCUACCGGCUUUGCGGCACACGGUCAGAGAAAGCGGCCCAGGCGAUCCUGGCCGGUUAUCGGGGAAUCGUGAUGUGCGAUGGCUACGCGGCCUACAAGACUUUGGCCAAAAGGCGGGCCUCGGCAGGCGAUCGUGAAGGCCCUCCGAUCACCUUGGCCCACUGCUGGGCGCACGUCAGGAGAAAAUUCGUCGAUGCGGAGAUCAACUACCCGGUGCCGUGUGCUCAGGCGCUGGAUCUGAUCGGAAAGCUUUUUGAAGUAGACCGGAAGGCGCCGGCCGUCGAGGUCCCGGAGUCGCCAGAAGUGCUGGCAUUGCGUGGGCAGUUACGGGCGCAACGGUCCAAGCCCAUUCUGGCCGAGCUGCGCAAAUGGGCAGAGGACAUCCGGCCCAGGGCCCUGCCGCGCAGUGGCUUGGGCAAGGCGACCAACUACAUGCUCGGCCAUUGGCAGGGAUUGGUGCGCUUUGCCGAGAACCCGCAUGUCCCGCUCGACAACAACCUGGCCGAACGGGAACUGAGAGGAGUCGUGCUCGGGCGUAAGAACCACUACGGAUCCCGGUCCAAACGAGGCACCCAAGUCGCCGCGAUUCUCUACAGCCUUGCCGAGAGUGCCAAGCUCAUCGGCGACGAGCCAAACGCCUACCUGCUCAGGGCAACCCGGGCAGCAUUAAGAGAGCCUGGCACUGUCACGCUGCCCGAACUGCCCGGCGCCCUACCUUCAUCCAGCUGA